AUGCGGGGUGUAUUGUCUGCGGAAGGCAGGUCUAUGUUCGGCUUAGUCGGCCUUGUACCCCUGCCGGUCGCCCCACCUGGAGCGUGUGGAGUGCCGCCGUUCCCUGGAUAUGGAUUACCCGCUCCCUCUGGGUCAGCUCCGUAUGGUGCAUAUGGAGCGCUUCCGUAUGGGUACGGGGCAGUUUCGCCUUCUGGGGUGGCACCACCCUCCGGGACAAUUCCCCUUGGGUCUCCGUUGGGAGCAUCCCCACCCAUUAGCCCAUCUUCAAUUUCCGGGUAUCUCCCGCCGGCGGGGGCGUCGCCAGCGGGGGCGUCGCCAGCGGGGGCGGGGCAGGAGUUGAUUGGGGAUGACAUUCUGGGUGAGUUGAGCGGUGGUGGUCGAGAGGUAUCGUUUGACAAAGAGAUCGUGAGCCCAUGGGGCAAUGUCUAUAACCCGAUGACCACCAAGACGGAGGCGGAUGAGUGGGAGAACAUCGACCGCAUUCUUGACUCACUUACUGCGGGCGGGCCGGGAUUUGGCGGCCCCGCAGCGCAUAGCCCCAGUGCCCAGGUAAUUCUACCGGAGACUGCAGAGGACAUACACCUGUCUCGGAAAAUCCUGAGCAACUACGCAGAACAAGUGGAGAAGUCCUUACGGAACAGCUCAUCGCCUCGGACGGCUGCAUCCGCUGGCAUUCAGAUAGCACCGCCCCGAAACUUCAAUCUGAUCGAUGAAGAACAUGCGGCCACGUGA